AUGGGUUUCGAAAGAUUAACGUCUAUUCUGCAGGAAACAAUGAGCAAUUAUGAUACUGAUGUGUUCUUACCCAUUUUUGAUGCUAUUCAGCAGGCAACUAAAGCUCUUCAACCAUAUACGGGCAAAGUUGGCCCAGACGAUGUGGGCAAAGUUGACAUGGCAUACAGGGUUGUUGCUGACCACAUUAGAACUCUUUCAUUUGCCAUUGCUGAUGGUUCUUGUCCAGGUGGAGUGCUAGAAACUUGGAAUUGGUUCUGCUUUUACUGCUUUGUUUACUUCUCAAUGGUGAAUUACAGGCAUUACUUUUACUCUUUCUUUAUGGUCUUGUCUUCGUUGCAAACUGGAGUCCUUUAUAUUCAGAGAUCUAAAAGAUCAUGGAGGUGUUUCCAAAUGUUCUGUUUGAUUUUUCCAGAAUUCAUUUAA